AUGUUCACGAUAUAUUCUUAUCUGAUUUUGGGUCUUACGAGCUAUUGUUUUUGCCUAUCUAUUCCAGAGAGUCCUAAUGUCGGCAUCAUUGGUGGACACGAUAUAUCUAUUGAGGAUGUACCGUACAUAGCUUCGCUACGGUUGAACGGAACGGUGCACUUCUGUGGAUGCUCAAUCAUACAUGAACAGUUUGUUUUGACAGCUGCACACUGCAUUGUGCCGAAUCGAAAAUAUAAAGUUCUAGUUGGCACUGACAACGUUAACAAAGGGGGACGUUUGUACGACGUAGAAAAAAUAUUAAAACACGAAUUGUACGUGAAUAAAACGUACGACUAUGAUAUUUGCAUUCUCAAAUUGAAUGAGACCUUGACCUUUGGGCCUAAAGUGAAUAAAAUUGCUUUAAACGACAAUAAUGUCAAAUUGAAAAAAGGAAUGAUGUUUAAUACAACUGGAUGGGGAUAUACUGAGCCCAAUGGAAAUAUAUCUGAAAGUGUACGUCAAGUAAAACUACCCUUGGUGCGUUGGAAGAGUUGCCGAAUGUCCUACGGCAGAAUGUUGAAACCAAUUACUGUCAGAAUGAUUUGCGCUGGUGGUAACGGAAGGGAUUCUUGUCAGGGUGAUAGCGGAGGACCUUUGACGUGGAAUGGUGUUCAAGUGGGUAUUACAUCUUUUGGUGCAGGCUGUGCUGUUUUACCAGGAGUUUACACUAAUGUUUCUAAAAUGUUACCUUGGAUCAACGAUACCAUCAAAAAUAAUCUUUGA